AGCCAUACCGGCUGCAUUGUACCGGCUGCAUUGUGCAGGGGCUCUGCCGGUAUUUGAUUCCAUCAUCAUCAUCAUCAUCAUCUUCAUCAUCAUCAUCAUCAUCAUCAUCCACAGUUCGCAGUGUAGUGUGUGCGUGGCACUGGUGGUGUGCCAGAGGAGGAGUCAGAUGCGCCUCUGUUGCGCACACUCACUCACUCACACACACUCACGCACACUGCUGGACCAACACCAAGUGAUCCUUCAUUCCGAGGACUUUACGCGAGUUGAACCAAGUCUCCUGUGUUCCCGUGCUCCAUGUCAGCUCCCGUGUCGCCGGUCUAGUGUCGGGAAGCCUGGGACGGUGUCGCGGUGCCGGGGGGGGUCCUGAAUGCGUCCGGGUUGUCCGAGAGGAGUGCCGCUGAAGCUUCGAGCAGGUGUCGGGGCACGGGAGCGAACAUGUCCAAUGGGAAGGGCGCACAAAAUGCUGCAGAGAAGUCCCCACAGAUGACCCUGAAAGAGUGCCUGGACGAGUGCAUGGAGGCCCUGGACCUCUUCCUCAACAACCACUUCGACGAGAGCCUGCAGAUGCUGCGGCCCAGGGUGAACGAGAGCAUGUACCACGCUCUCAUCUACGCCACCAUACUGGAAAUGCAGGCCAUGAUGACUUUCCAGCACGAUGACAUCAGCAAUGCAGGGAAUACCAUGAAGAGCGCCCAGGAGGUCUGUCAGAGGUUUCGACGGAAAUCCCCGGGUUUGGCGAACAAGUCAGAGGGGGAUUCGCUCACCGAAGUGCAGCUUCACGCUGAAGUGUGCUAUGCUGAGUGCCAACUCCAGAGAUCUGCACUCACCUUCCUACAGGACGAGAACAUGGUGAGUUUUAUCAAAGGAGGGAUCAAAGUCCGAAACAGCUACUUGAUUUACAAAGAACUACAUUCCUUCGUGAAAUCUCACAACUGUCACAAAGGACCCAGCCACGUCCACUUAGUGGGAGGAAUAUCGUUUGGAAUAGGGGCGUUUAAUCUGACACUCUCUCUGUUUCCUCCGCGGAUACUCCGAGUUUUGGAGUUUGCGGGCUUUUCCGGAGACAAGGAGUAUGGUCUGUCGCUGCUGCAAGACGGUGCCACUGGGAUGAACCUGCGCUCCAUGCUGUGUGCUCUGCUGCUGCUCUGCUACUACACCUUUCUCACCUUCAUACUCGGGACGGGUGAGGGAGACGUUGCCGAGGCUGAAAAGCUGCUGAAACCUUUCCAGCGUCGCUACCCGCGGGGAGCAAUAUUCCUCUUCUUCGCAGGCAGGACUGAGGAGAUUAAAGGGAACAUUGACGAGGCGGUGGCGCUCUUCGAGGACGGCUGCAAGGCGCAGCAGACGUGGAAGCAGUUCCACCACAUGUGCUACUGGGAGCUGAUGUGGUGCUUCACCUAUAAGCGGGCAUGGAAGAUGGCCUACUUCUACGCAGACCUGCUGAGCAAGGAGAGCCGCUGGUCCAAGGCCAUGUAUAUGUACAUGAAAGCCGCUUACCUCAGCAUGCUGCCGAAGGAUGAGGCCCGGCCGUUUGGGGAGGAAGAGGUAGACCUCUUUAGACAAGUGCCCACCUUCAAGCAGAAGAUAGCCGGGAAGUCUCCCCCGACUGAGAAGUUUGCUAUUCGUAAAGCCAGACGCUACAAGGCUUCCUGCCCAGUCAGGCUACCGGUGCCAGUGCUGGAGAUGAUGUACAUGUGGAACGGUUUCAGUAUGAUCAGCAAACGGCCGGAGCUGACGGAGGGCAUGAUGCAGACUCUGACGGAGGCUGAGCGCACCCUGCUGGAGUCUCCUGUGAAUGAGUAUGCCGUGGAUGACCGCUGUCUGAUCCACCUGCUGAAGGGCCUGUGUUUGAAGAACCAGGGUCUGCUCCAAGAUGCCGAGGAGAGCUUUUACCGAGUGUGUUCCAGCGAAAAGAAGAUCCGGUUCGACCACUACCUGGUGCCCAACGCGCUGGUGGAGCUCGGCCUGCUCUACAUAGACCAGGGCAGAAGGGCCGAGGCCAUCAAAGUACUGCACAAGGCCAAACAGAGCUACAAAGAUUACUCGAUGGAGUCUCGCACGCAGUUCAGGGUGCACGCCGCUCUGGCCAAGCUCAAGGCCGAGACCGGCGAGGAAGACGACACUCACCUGUGAGAAGACAUUUUCUCCGUGGCUGCCCAAGGCUCCUCUCGCAGCGGGCUCCUCCAUUCCCCCUCACAGUCGUGGCUGUUUUUGGUUUUUUUGCCAGUUUUAACCCAGUUUUUUUUACUUGUAUGCGAUCUUAAGGAAAAACCUUUGAAAAGUGAAUACUGGGAAUUUUUUAUCUAUGUGCCGGUACAUACAUUCAGGCACUUUUUUUGUCCAAUAUCUCACAGGACAAAGGUACAGUGAAAAAAGAAAACAAAAACAACUUUAAAAAAAGAAAUACUCAUUGGUAACACACAAAUGAAUUAAGUUUUUUCAAGGGAACAAGUUAAGACGAUUCAAUUUCAUUUGAUAAAAAAAUAAAUGAAUUUGUGUGUUGCUAAUUGUAAUUUGGUACAACCUGAACAUUUAUAGGAGCCGUCCUGAAGUCAUUUGAAGUCAAGGGACCUUAAGUUUCCCUGUUGCCCAGAAGUUAGAAGUUAUUUUAUGGAAUAUGUUUUUAUCGUUUACAUUGAAAAUCAAAGAACACAAAAUUUUAAUCGACAAUUGAUUGAUAGUCACUAUAAAUAUCAAAUGUAUGACUAUUAUGACUUAAUAAAAUGUGUAAUAAUCAUUUGGGUCGUUAAGCUGUUUAGCGAAAGCUCUGUAGAAUUAUUACCAGCUUGAGCAGCUGCAGCAUUCUGUACUGUAACAUGUAAGAUUUGUCCCAAGUUGUUAAGAUGUCCAUGGUGCAAACAUUAGAUACAUACUUGAUUUGAUAACCAGUUUAGAUAUGGCUCGAGUUAUUUUGUGACCCAAGGUCAGUAGUUAGUUUUGUCUGCGCACCCUGACACAGCCAGUCCUGUACACAUGUAGUGGAAAUGGAUGCAGGUGCACCAUGGCUGAGGCAUCUUCGUGCGCUUUGAAUUAAUCAAAAUCCAUUGUUCCAUUGGUGCACGUUCCAAAAACUUUCAGAUGUAUAUCCUAAAUCCUACAGUGUCUUAAAUCACAGCCCUGUGGUCUAGGCCUCUGCCAAGCCAGUCAAGUCGCAGUUUACAUCAAUGUCUGACUAUGAAAUGUAUGUAGAAGACUUCAAAGUAAUUUAAUAAAAAGGUAUUAAACACGUCAA